CACAUUUAGUACGACCGAGGGCGAGAUCGGUUGCAGAGUCAGUGGGACCGGAGCGAGCACGAGCACAACAUGACCACCGAAUCAGCCAGGGAAAAGAUAAUCAGCGACAUCCUCAAAAAAAUCACCAGAAAUGAACACUUACGCGAAUUCGGCAUCACCAAAGAAGAAAUACCGUGCACCGGCAUCAACUACACUGCGGCCAUCUACCUCAUCACCAUCAAGAGCAAAGAAAAGGGGGAAAUAGCACUGUUCGCCAAAAUAGCCAAGGCCAGCGACGCCGAGCGCAAAGCCAUGCACCUAACCGAAAUGUACAGACGCGAGAGAUUCGUCUACUUAGAACUAGUGAAAAUAUACAAUGACCUGCAAAACAAGUACAAAGUGCCGAUCGAACAUCGCUACACGUUCCCGAAGCACUACGCCUCCAGUCCCACUCUGAUGGAGGAAGCGGUUAUUCUGGAAAACUUAAGCGCCAAAGGAUUUUACACGCCGGAUAGAUUUGAACCUAUGGACUGGAUUUUCGCGUCGAGAGCCGUGAGGAAGCUGGCGAACUUCCACGCGCUCUCCUACGUGAUGCAGCGCGAGAAUCCUAAAUUAUUCGAUAAGCUUAUUAAAACCAAGGAGGAAUACAUGUAUACUAAGGGUAGGCCGGCCCCGGAGAUUAUCCUGAAGUAUACGAAGGAUCGUAUCAACACGGCGAUGGAGGGUCUGUCGGACGAGCACGCGGAGAGGUUCAAGGCUUUCCUGAAGAAGAAGGAGCCGAAUGCGGGGCUCAUGGAGCAGCACAGCCUGCAGCGCCGCCCCUGCCUCAUACACGGGGACUACAAACACACGAAUCUUAUGAUUCGGUCCGAGAACGGCAAGUUGGCGGAGCUGUGCCCCGUGGACUACCAGAUGGUGCACUACGGCUCGCCCAUCAACGACCUCAUGUACUUCAUCUUCACCGGAUCAGAUGAAGCCUUCAGGGACCGAUACUAUAAGGAGAUAUUCGAACACUAUUAUAAUUGCCUAUCAGAAAGCCUUGGACACUUCAAUUUCAAUGUCAAGGACAUUUACCCGCGGCAGGAGUUUGAUGAAGAUGUAAAAGAGCGGACAAUAUACGGUCUGUACUUAGGACUCUUCAUCCUGCCAUACAUGCUCGCUCAGAAGAAACCGGACUUUAACAAGAAAGCCGAUGAGAUCAUCAUUGACAGUGGCAUACAAUACAGGGAAAGAUUCAGUGGGGUUGUCAACACUUUUGUAAAAUGGGGCUACCUGUAAACCUGUAAGUGAAUAUGAAGUUAAUGUUUUUUUAAUCAAUUUACAAUUAAUCAUUUUUCUAUUAUUUUAAUUUACUUUUACAAUUAUUGUGUUGUGUGAUUGUCUCGUGUAGUGUCGCUGUAGGAACUUUAGUGAUAUUUUAAUAAUGUGAUUUAGUUUACAAUUUAUUCAUUUAGUUAGUAUAAUACAAUUAUGUGUGUGAUCGUCUUUUUAUCCAUAGUUUAAAUAAUAAUGAUGAAUGAAUGAGUGAAUGUAGUUUAUUAAGCAAUAAGUUUCCAAUUUUAAUUUACAAACGGUGAUAAAUUAAUUGUGAUUGUAGUUGUAAUUUUUUAUGGAAUGUAAGGUUUUUUUUAUCAAGCGACAUAACUAAUUUUUUAAAAUACACAACU